GACUCCCACGAGGAAGAGAACAAGAAGGCUUGGGAGAAGGGUGGCGCAAAGUACAGCAGCAAAGCAUACAGCGAAUACUUUGAUCCUUGUCAAGAAGCUGCCGACAGAAGUCUGAGAUGUCUACGAAGAAACGGCGGUGAUAAGGCGCUUUGCUCAGACUACUUUGAGUAUGAUCAAUUGAUCUUGAUUCUUGAUUCUUCUGAUCUUUGGGCUGAUACCGAAACAGANGCAUAUCGCGAGUGCAAGAAGCAAUGGAUGCUAGAGAUGAAGGAGGAAAAGAGAAGGCAAGGCAGAUGGUGGUAA